GCCUGGGCUCUUCUUCUGCGGCGACGUGGUCUCCCUGGGCCCGUUCGUGGAGGGGCUGAGCGCAGGGGAGCCCGUGAUCGGGCUCGUCGACGGCGCGCAGCUGGUAGCCGCGGGUGGCAACGAUGCCGAGAGGGCCGCGGACGCGCAGGGUGCCCACGACGCCGAGGAGGCGGGCGCGCACUCUGUGGGUGGCAGUUGCCGGGAGCUCGUGCGGGCGCACUUCUCGUCCCUGCUGCCCGCGGGCGACCUGGCGGGCGCCGGCCUGCACAUGCCCUCCGUCGUCGCCCACGUGCCUCCCAUGGUCGGUGCCUUAUCUGGCUUCUGCGCCUGUUCCCACUUGCGGCUGCGCCGGGACGACGCCCUGCUUGUGGUCGCCCCGCGGGUGGCGGACGUUAUCUUCCUGCUGCAGAGGCUGAUCCUCCUGGCCGACGCCUGGGCGGGGCCGCUGUACCUGCUGGUGCUGCAGGGCCGGCAGCCCAGCCGGGCCGAGCUCGAGCGCCACCCCCUGCUGAGACCGAUGCUGGCUCAGGUCGGCCCCUGCUCGAGGUGGGCGACGAGCGCAGGAGAACGCUCCGGCGCUGCCCGUGGCUCUGCCCCUCGCAGGGAGGGCACCGACGCCGAGGGGCCUGUGGGCUCGGCGGCCGCGCCUCCGGCGCGGACGUUCUUGGACGACUUCGUGGGGCUGUCGGCGGACGACCACGCCCAGCAGCGCUUCGGGCCGGGGGCGUCCCCGCGGCAGAUCGCGGAGG